ACGGGAUUGACUUUCUUCCGUUACACUGGCAAGCGCGAAAUUUUUUCCUGCUCCAUUCGUCGUGUUCAAGUUGAAGAAGAGGACCCGAGAAUCGACAGAUUCUUAGCAAGAUUCGCAGGCUUUCUUUCAAAGUAACGGGUUAUGCUAGCUGUGGGCGUUUUUCUGGCACUACGGACUUCCGAUGAGUCGGAUGGACACUCGCGAAAGGUACAUGAACGGGAAGGGUCAACCCCAUCGUGAUGCACGGCGAAAUUCAAAGUCAGCGUCGCGAUAUGUGCAAAACCGUGGACUGUUUCUUAUGGACUCCAAGCUUGAUCCUGCCGUCGCCAGAAUGCAUUUAAAAACAAAUCGACGUUUUCGGGUUUCCCUACUCCGAUCUAUGAUUAUUGGCACCUUUUGUCGGGAGAUUACAAUAGUGCUGCAGGUCCCUUGUUUGCUGCCGUGGGCCAGGGCGCCACCACGAUAUUAUACUUAAUGCAGGACGAUGAAUCGCUCAGGGUUUUCCCGAAAUGUAAAACAUUAUACUUCGGACACCCUGUCGUUGGCAGGUUCCGACAACUUAGCUUCAGGAAACGUCAAGCCGUGAGUCCAAGUAUCGACGAUGUACAUGUGUCUUUGAAAUGAUGCCCGCGUCCUUCUCCCUUCAAGUCCAGCAAUUAUGGAUUGCGACUCAGUCAAACGUGACGUCUACCACCUUCAAAAACCCACUGUGCAUCGCCACGGAAAGUGCAUUUGUCUCUGCUUGCUUAACCACAUAACCACAUAACCAACACCCCCCUAUCGAGCACAUUAUAUCUUCUUCUUUCUACCCAACUUCUCAUCGCGCCUCCGCCAGAACCCCAUGGGACGCCACACACCAGCUGGUAUUCCCUCUAAUCCAUCCAAACUCGAUGAUAAAGCUCCAGCGGACGACAGGAACUUCCUGACCACCCUCCACCUCGGCGUUUAUCAUGUCUUCCUCGAGAAGAAGUCGUUGAGUGGCUAUGGCCUGGACUUUCAACAACCUCUGAAUGAAUUCGCCAAUGAAUGGCUUCCUCUCGCUGCGUUGACGAGACGCCUGCUUUUCGAGAUCGCAUCGCUCGAUCUCAACCUUCUUUCUCUCUACAUUGCUCUGCAUGCCUGCGAGGAGAUCAAGGACUUGUUACUGUUGAGCGUUGGGACUCAUCUACUACAGACAAUAGAGUCAGGACUGAUCAACCGGUCACUUGACUAUGAUACUCUACUGAGAGCCUUGUUGAAACGAACGCUCAUCGUGGCAUUAUUCUCUAUCAUUUCUCGUUGGCGUCGCCACACCUUUUUUAAGCUCAAGCAUGAAGUCAAGUAUUAUUUUGAGGAGAUCCUUCUGAAUGCCAAGCUGAAUAUGGACCUUCCUACGCUACAUGAUAACGACAGGGAGCAUAUCACACCCGAUGCUCCCUGGGAGGCCUUCGAGAGAUUCAUGGACCUGACUUUACACCUUUUAAUUUUCAUUGCUAGGAUAGGACUCGUCGCUAGCUUGAUGCGUUCCGGAAAACAUGGUCUGGUUUUAAUAUUACUAUGCAUGGUCCCUGGAGCUCUCAAUUUCUUCGCUUCGAAGAACAUAUGGAUGAUCCCGAGAAUCUCCCAGGCUGUGAACCCAAGUUACCUUAGGAUGCGAUCACUCAUGAGGCUUUCCGACAAGAAAUACAAGCACGACAUCCUUUGUGGCAACAUCCCGCGAUAUAUCGUAAAUGAAUUCAAGAAAGCAAGAACAGCACUGGGACCCACGGACCUAAAUGGCCCAGAAAACAUCUACCAAAUGAAUGAGCUAUCGUGGUUUGUCAGUACGUUUACGGACGUGGCGACAGAUCUCCCCACGAUUUACUACGCACUCGUCACUUCUUUCUAUUCGAAUCGGACGAACAUAGCGAUGAUAGCUACGCUCUAUCAAACUACCGCUGGUUUCAACAUGUGUUUCAAUAGGUUAUUCUGGGCAUUCCGGCACUUUGGGCAGAGUUUUUCGAAGUUGCGGGAGAUGUAUGACCUACAGGACUUAAAACCAUUCGUGAGGGAUGGCGAUUUGCCUUACCCGAAUGAUAAGGAAUCAUCUCUUGGAAUGGCACUCGAGUUCAGGAACGUCUCCUUUCGUUAUCCCGGUCAACCCUCAACCAACAAAGCCCUCGAUCAGAUCUCUGUUCGCAUUCAACCCGGCCAGCUUGUCGUCAUCCUCGGACAGAAUGGAAGCGGGAAGUCAACUUUGAUCAAUCUGGUUGCCCGGAUGUUCGACGCUUCGUCUGGUCAAGUUCUGGUCGAUGGGAGUGACAUCCGGUGCUUGAAGAUUUCUGAUUUGCGGGACGCUGUCGCCGUUUUGACCCAACAGCACCAGCUUUUCCCUUCGUUGUCUAUCUUGGAGAAUGUUGGAAUUGGAUGUCCUGACGCUAUGAUAAAUGAAGAUAAGGUCAUGGCCGCCGUUCGAAAAGGUGGUGCCGAGGGAGUCGUGAAAAAGCUUGCGGCGGGAGGAUCAGGACUACAUACCGUUCUGGAUCCUUUCACAGACCAAGCACUUUUACAGGUGGAUGAGAAAGAGGACUGUGCGCUUGUGAGAAAGUGGAAGGGUAUGACGAAGAUGGCUGAUGUGUCUGGCGGAGAACGACAACGCCUAGUAGCGGCCAGGGCAUUCAUGAGAAUAGACAAUUCGAAGAAGGUAAAGCUCAUAGCAGUGGACGAGCCGACUUCGGCCCUUGAUCGGGUGGGCGAACACGAAAUGUUCCGGAAGCUUAUGGAGGCAAAGGCCGGCAAGACGAUGCUGUUCGUCACUCAUCAUUUGGGACUAAUGACAGAACAAGCGGAUCUAAUCUUAUGCAUGAAAAACGGGAAGAUAGUUGAACAAGGAAAACAUGGAACUCUUCUGGCGAAACAAGGAGAGUACUUUAAGCUGUUCAGCGCUGCACAAGCUCUGAUGGGGAAGGUUUAAGAAUCUUCAUCAGCAUUUGUGGAUUAAAUGGUCACACAACCACACAAUCUGACUCCACACAACCUCAUCUUCCAUACUGUUUUUAAAGUAGACACUGUGCAGAUCUGGACUCUACUUACUAGCACGUG